AUGGAAAGACGUAAAGCAAGUCCCGAGCAAUUGAACAUGCUCUUACAUUUUCUAGAAGAAGACAAAGAGUUAGCUAUUGGUAAAUUCACAGGCUUGGAAGGCAGGAUCAGGCAGACAAAUGCUUGGAUAAAAAUUACAGAAAAAUUAAAUGCCAAUUCUGGAUUCGGUUCUGGUGCCAUAAAAACUCCCGAUAAGUGGCAACAGACCUGGAGGGAUUGGAAAUCAAAUGUAAAAAAGAAAGCUUUUAAAAUUCGUAAAAAUCGUUUUACACCUGGAUCUAAUACAAGUACACAGCUUACUGAGGCUGAAGAAAAGAUUUUAAGAUUAAUAUGCACAAAUACUUCAGUGUUUGGGCUAUCAGGAGUACCAGAAACAACUCUUUCUAGUAACAUUUUGGCACAAUCCAGUGUUGCUAAUGAUAAUUUGGGCAAUGUUGAUCCUACUGCAAGUAGUAUGAAGUGGUCUACUGAUCAGCACCAAUUUACACAAUCAGAAAUUGAAAUGCGCUUGGAUGGAAUCAGUAACAAUAUAGAUCCUGUCCUGGAAUCUAAUGAAGUCACAUCUGCACCAAAUGCAGAAAAACCAUUGUGGAAAAGAGGACGGCCAGUCAGGCUUGUUCAUGACAGACUAUUAAGCUUAGAAGAGGAAAGAAUUAGAAUUGAGAAGCAAAAACUGCUGGAGAAAAAGAGAUGUAAUAAUAUAAGACUGAAACUGGAAAAGGAGAGAUUGGAAAUUGAAAGACAAAGAAAUAUCUUAUUAGAAAAGUUAUUAGUUGCAGUAGAAGCGGUUGUGCAUCGCUAG